CACUGCAACGGUGGAGCACAUUUGCCUUGGAUAGGGAGACGCGCGCAUGUGUGUAGUUUAAUCAUGAAGCAGAAGAAGUUUAACCGCUGAGGAAGGUUCGAAUCGACGAUCGUGUUUGACCCUGGUCCUGAAUCCAGGUUAAUUAAUUAGGCCGUUAUUUCCCUUGCGGUAACGGCAGGUACGCACGUCUGACUCAGGUUAUUCUUCGACUCUGCGCUCAAUCGACCAAGUUGGCGCAUAGGUUAAUUAGCGAAGGUCGAGAAGAAGUCGGGUGAACGAGGUCAGCAUGGACCCGAGCAGCGUUGAGAUGAAUCCCGACGAGGAUGACUAUUACGCGUUGUUCAACAUCUCGAAGACUGCAACGCAAGAAGAAAUUACCAAUGCCUAUCGAAGACUUAGUAAGUCUUAUCAUCCCGACAAACACAUGGAUCCUCAUCUCAAAAAAGAUGCCGAAAUACUUUUUAGCCGAAUAAAUAAAGUUUACGAAGUAUUAAAUAAUCCAAAUAAAAGAGCAGUUUACGACACUAUUGGUGUUCAAGGCUUGGAAUCCAAUGACUGGGAACUUGUCUUGAGAACGAAAAAUCCCCAGGAAGUAUUGAAAGCAUAUGAGAAACUUCAAUUAGAUAAGGAAGAACAGAAACAAUUACAGAAAGCUAAUCCAAAAGGCACUUUUGGUGUUAAUAUCAAUGCUACAGAUCUAUUUACUACUUAUCCAGUUGAUUACGAUGGAGCCAAUGUUUUGUCUUCUAUCGAAGUUAGUGGCAUGACAUUUACACAAUCCGUUGAAACACCGUUAACGCAAAAGAAUACAGCUGUGCUUGGUGGAGAACUGUCCGUUAAAAAUGGCGUUGGUACGGGUGCAAUUAAUGUAGCUUUCAAACGCCUUAUAUCACCGAUGGCUUGGAUGGAAGUGGAAUUAUCAGCAGGUAGUUGGCCGGGCCUAACAUUUAAAGGUUACAAAAAAUUGUCAAAGAGGAUACAUUUUAGUGGCGAUGUUCCUAUAAAAUUUACCCCUAAAGGAAUCGAUCUUUCCUUCGCUGGAUCCCUCUCAAUGGAAUUGAACAAACGUACCGUGGGUUAUUUAACAUACAAGACAGGAUUACACAGUAGCAUGAGUACAUCGAUUAUAACGAGUACAGAAAAUUCACAAACUAUUAUUACAAUAGAAUUUUCACAAUUACAAUCGUUCAUCAGUCUGCAUCACGAGCACAUGUUCUUACAAAAAAAAUUAGGACUUCUAGGCUAUGUACAGAUCGGUAGUUCCAGCUGGACAAUGGAAUACGGGGUAAAGAAGAAGCUAUCGCGCAACACCGCCCUCUCGACGGUCGUCUGCAUGGACUCGAUGAUGGGUGUAAGUUUGCGCAUAAAGCUAAAGCGCGCCUACCAGAUCUAUAGAUUCUCCAUUGCCCUGAGCGACGAGGUUAUGCCCGCGCCCAUCUUCUACGGGACUAUCGUGCCCAUGAUGGGCUGGGUGCUGUUCAAGAACUUCGUAAUGGAACCGUUGCUUCAGCAGCGCAAGAAGCGGGACAAAGAGCAGCGCCGGAAGGAGGAAGCGGAACAGUGGCUGCAAAAGAAGAAGGAGGCAAAAAUGGCCAUUGACCUUAUGAGCGUCACUUGCAGUAGGAUCCGGGCGACCGAGGAAGCCAAGCGCGGCCUCGUCAUUGUUAAGGCUGUGUACGGCAGGUUCAUCUACGACGACGAGAAGACGAGGCAUAGCGAGAACUUCAACUCAUUUAGGAACGAAAUCAUCGAUGUUACGAUACCCUUGCAGUGCCUCGUCAAAGAAUCGAAUCUCGUGUUGCACAAGGGGUCGAAGAGUCAUUUAACAGGAUUCUAUGACCCCUGCAUUGGAGAAGAAAAAUUUCUAGUCAUACAAUACUUGUUUCGUAUGAACACACACGAGUGUAUGGUAAAAGAUAACGAGCCUCUCAGUAUACCUAAAGAAUGCCAUCGUGUAAUAUCUACAUGAUGGGAUUAGGCUACUAGAGAAACAUUAUAGGAAUAGAUUGUUUGAUGUAUAGAUAAAAGUCAUUGGAAGUUGGCUUAUUCCAAACGGUCGAUUCCUAAAAAAAAAUGGCUACUAAUAAACAUCGACAGUUUAUUAGAUACAACAUUUUUUAACAACAAUAGUGUCCCUGGAGUUAUUAGAAUUUUGAGAAAGGAGCCGUAAAAAUGAUUUUUAACCAAAUUAUUCAACUUCAAUUUUUAAACUGUAAAAUUGAUUAUAGUAAA